AUGGGGCUCAUUCGUAGCGUCUGGGCUGUGUGUGCCCUCCUUCUCUCUGUCCAUGCCCAGAAGCCCCAGCUGCCGCUCUUUUCGACUUCACGCUGGAUUACCGACUCCUCCAACCAGCGCGUCAAGCUCCGCUGUAUCAACUGGGCUGGGCACAUGGAAGUCAAUCUCCCCGAGGGCCUGCACAAGCAGCCCAUCGAGUACCUCGCCGACUGGAUCAAGCAGGAGGGCUUCAACUGCGUGCGCCUCACCUACUCGACCGAUCAUGCCCUGAACCCGGGGGUCAGGGUCCGCGACUCCUUUGUCAACGGCUCCAGGGCCGCCGGCGUCUCCGAGGCGGAUCUCCUGAGUCUCUACGACCAGGCCGUGCAGAAGAAUCCGUUUCUGGCCGGCCCCGACGUGACCCAGCGCGACGUCUUCGAGAGGGUAAUUGACGCCCUCUGGGACAGGGGCGUCAUGACCAUCCUCGACAACCACGUCAGCAGGGCCUCAUGGUGCUGCAACCUCGACGACGGCAACGGGUGGUGGAAGGACGCGCGCUUCUACUGGGCUGCCAACUCGCGCUACUUUGACACGGAUGAGUGGCUCGCGGGCCUGCGUCAGGUCUCCCUCUGGGCCAAGACUAGGCCGGGGGUCGCAGCCAUCUCCCUGAGGAACGAGCUCCGCGCGACCUGGACGCAGAUCCCCUUUGCUGCAGGCCAGUGGUACGACUACGUCGCGCGCGGCGCAAAGGCCGUCCACGAGGCGAACCCGGACGUGCUCGUUGUCAUCGGCGGCCUCAACUCGGCGACAGACUUCACACCCCUCCGGACGCGGAGCCUCGACACCGCCGCCUGGCAAGGGAAGAACGUGUGGGAGGCGCACAGCUACAGUUUCACGGUCACGACGCCCAACCUUGGAGACUGCAACAUCGAGAGGGCAGAGUACGGCGCCCUGUUCGGGUUCGUACUAGAGCAGGGGGUGGGGUACACAGGGCCGCUGUUCAUGUCCGAGUUCGGCGUCGCCAUGUCGGGCGGGCCGGAGGACGGCCUCUCGGCCGAGGAUCACGCGUAUCUGACCUGCUUAGUUGGCUACCUCGAGGGGAAUGACGCGGACUGGGCGCUCUGGGCGAUUCAGGGGACGUACUAUGUGCGCAACAAGGUUGUCGAUUUCGAAGAGACGUGGGGCGCGAUGGAUCGCGAGUGGAAGGGGUGGAGAAACCCCGCGUUCAAGGGCAUGUUAGGCAAUAUCUUUGCCGUCACUCAGCGGCCGUAG